AUGGAACAUAUAAACCAGACUGCUUUAAUCCGCUUCAUCCUACUUGGUUUGUCUGAUAUCCCACAUCUACAACUGGUCUACUUUUUUGGCUUUUUUGUGAUGUAUACUAUUACAUUAUCUGCAAACAUUCUAUUAAUUUUUGUGGUGAUGAUAACCCAAAAAUUACACACUCCCAUGUACUUCUUCCUUACUAAUCUCUCUGUUAUUGACAUUAGCUUUUCAUGCACUGCAGUUCCAAAAAUACUCAUGAACACCCUAUCUACGGACAAAAGUAUCUCCUUCCUUGAAUGUGCUGUCCAGAUGUAUGUACAUAUGGUCCUUGGAGCAGCAGAGAGCAUUUUACUUGCUGUGAUGGCUUACGACAGAUUUGUGGCCAUCUGUAGGCCAUUGCACUAUAAAUCCAUCAUGAAUAUUAGGUUUUGUAUUUAUUUAGUUGCCGUGUCAUGGAGUGUUGGCUUCAUCAACUCUUUCAUUCUUGUGCUCCCCACCUUGAACCUUCCAUUCUGCGGAUCCAACCAUGUCAAUCAUUUCUUCUGUGAGAUACCUCCAUUCCUCCUAAUGUCUUGCGCAGACACCCGACUUAACGAGAUUAUAAUAUAUAUUUCGGCCGCCAUCAUUGUUAUGUCUGCCUUCUUUCUGACUCUGAUUUCAUAUGUCCAUAUUGUAAUGACUAUCUUGAAAAUCCACUCUAUAAAGAGAAGGUAUAGGUUGUUCUCCACAUGCGCCUCCCACCUCCUUGUUGUAACUCUCUACUAUGGGACUAUUAUGUUCAUGUAUGUAAGACCACACUCCACAAACUAUCGUACCACGGAUAAGAUUAUUUCUCUUCUUUACACUGCAGUGACCCCAAUGUUGAACCCAUUCAUCUACAGUAUGAGGAACAAGGAUGUCAUAGGCUCCAUGAAAAGUUUGCAUAAACACGUUUGUUUUGGGCAUUGA